UUCAGUUUAAAUCACUGCUUUUCUUCUUGUGUGGAUUAACGUUAACAUUUAAGACGAAUAUUUUAUUAUGAUUGGAAGUGUGGAGAAAUUGUCUUUGGACGAAAACGUUAUUUCAAAAGUGUGUGUGAGUUAGUUGUAUUUUACGUCCGCUUCCACAGAGGUGAUAUCUUAGACAAAAAAAAUAUAGACGAGCUUGCCACUUUCAAAAGUGUUCAAAAAGGUCUGAUAAAGGACUUCAUCCGUAACAGGUGAUCGUGAUUUGUUUUGCAAGGAGGUUUUAACAAAAAAGCAUUGAUGGUUUGUAUUUGUUUGCACUGAUUUUGUUACGUACACGACGUAGAUCCGUACAUACGUCUUGUGGAAACAUUCUGAUCACCACGUACAUACGUCUUGUGGAAACAUUCUGAUCACCACGUACGGACAUCUUGUGGAAACAUUCUGAUCACCACGUACAUACAUCUUGUGGAAACAUUCUGAUCACCACGUACAGGCAUCUUGUGGAAACAUUCGGAUCACCACGUACAUACAUCUUAUGGAAACAUUCGGAUCACCACGUACAGACAUUUUGUGUAAAUUUAUUCCGAUCACCACGUAGACAUUUUGUUGAGACAUCUUUAAAUUCAUUCUGAUCACCACAUACACACAUCUUGUAUAAUUGUUCCAAUCACCCCGUGGAGACACCUUGUAUAAUCGUUCUAAUCAAACCGUAGAAACAUCUUGUAUAAUCGUUCCCAUCACCCGUGGAGACAUCUUGUAUAAUCGUUCUAAUCAAACCGUAGAGACAUCUUGUAUAAUCGUUCCCAUCACCCGUGGAGACAUCUUGUAUAAUCGUUCCCACUACCAGAGUAGACACUAGACCAUGGAUAACAUCACCACUUACGUCACUGAAGAGUUCAUAGAAGAGAGAAUUGCUGUAUUUAUAUGGAAAUACAGUUCCCCUGUUUUAAUUAUCCUAGGUACCAUUGGAAAUAUUCUAGUAAUAGCGGUGUUGUCGUGUGGUAAAAUGCGCAAAUCUACAACGAAUAUCUAUUUUACAGCAAUGGCGGUUUGCGACAUUCUUGUUCUCUAUACGGGACUUAUGCGUUUGUGGAUUCGGUUCACGUUUAAUCUGGACAUAAGACACGUUCAUCCAGUAAUAUGUAAGAUACACAGACCACUUGUGACCUUCAGUUUACAGACUUCUGCCUGGAUUCUAGUUGCUAUGACAAUAGAAAGAUAUUUAUCCGUUGUGUCUCCACACACCAUAAAAACUAGAUGUACACGUAGGAUCACUCUCAUUAUCCUCUCUAGCAUCGUGGUCGUAUUGGUCGCAUUAAACACCCAUUUUGUUGUUGGUCUCGGGGAUUUGACGCUGGUUAGCGACGAUAAUGAAACGUUUGUAUUUCAUUGUGACAGCAUUGACGAUGAUUAUUAUCUAUUUACUACUGAUAUCUGGCCGUGGAUUGAUGUAGCUGUGUAUUGCUUUGUGCCAUUUGUCAUCCUUUCUAUCUUUAACAUGUUAAUCCUUCAUAAGGUUUUUAAGGGAAAAAAGGAUCUCAUUAAGAGCACUGGGUGUACCUUUAACUCUAAUUCAACCAAGCGUAUAUCUUCAUUAAUAACCACGCUGUUCUUAAUCAAUAUUGUUUAUUUCAUCUGCACCACCCCCAUCAGUGUGUUCAUGAUCGGAAACAUCUACUGGGUGGCUCGACCAGGUACUCAUCUAGCAGCAAUCCAAUCUCUGGUCUUCGCGAUCGUCAAUCAGUUUCAGUACCUCAAUAACGUGUGUAAUUUUAUUCUGUAUUGUUUUAGUGGUAGUAAUUUCCGUGAGGGGUUGAAGAGUCUUUGUAGUAGGCGGAGACCAGACCGGCACAGAACUUUAACCGGCGGAAUGGGAUCGGCUAAAGUAACACCGGUCUGAUGUAUCUGGAAAUCCAAAACUUUCUUGGUUCCAGCGUUAUCCCCCACACGAUGCUUCUGUUUUAAAAUUCCAAACGUCCAUCAUGGCGUUUCCUAUUCAAUAUUUGAUGUUUCGUCGUGUAACAGUAUCGCCAGUGCCGGAAUAAGCUUGCAUGGGGCUGAAAUAUUCACCGCGGCCCUUGCAUCAACAGGGAAAAGGAUGCAUAUCCUGGUAAUUGUCCGUUUCACUCACACAAAUGCAAUAUGUAUUUCAUUCCAUCCCGGCUUUAAUUCGGCCCUGGAUGUCGUUGCAUAAUCCUUCCUCGUGAAGAACUGGAUAAUCGUCUUAAAGGGAUGUUUGAGCUCGAUGUUUACAUUUGACGUCAUUAAUUAGCUCCAUUUUCAUUUGCUGUAGCAAUGGAUGACGGGUAUUCCUGGCCACAAAUUUUGUGCACGAGAUCGCUUUACGCCAGUGGUUCCCAACCUUUUGAUGGUUGUGACCACAUUCCAGAAACAAGCAUCUGAUCGCGACCCCUCGGAUAACAAAGCCACUAUUUACUAUGAAACAUAAUCAUUUAUUUACAUUUAUUAUUGUUUGGCACUAUCCUAUUUAUCCGAUUUGAUUAAACAAUAUGUACCUUCCCGUUCCUUACGUUCAUCUCAUAAAAACAAACUUGUAUGUCCAGUACAUAAGUCAAACUCUAGUGAGAGAGCUUUUGCAUACGCAGCACCAAAAGAAUGGAACAAAUUGCCUCUGAAAGUUCAAAAUAGUCCAAACUUGGCUAUAUUUAAAGACGUAUAAAAACUCUGUUUUUUUUACCCAAACGUUUGAACUAUGAUUUAAAUGCUUCACUUUCCAUUUGUAUAUUGUAACUUGACUAUUCCUU